UGUAGUUGUGUAACUUAUUACCUCAAAAACUCAACAUUUGCUUAUAUUGACAAUGUUAAAGGUUUAUUUCAUCCUUAUUUCACUGGGCACAAAGUUAAGCAUGGAAUGGUAAUAAACAAGGGGUUCUAAUUAAUUAUAACUCCAACAUACAUCAGUAGUUUCAGGGUUGAUAGGGCUUAUUAAAUAAUACAGCUUAUGGUCAAUACUAAAAGCACAUUUUUAAGACCCUGCAACCUGCAGGAGAUGGAUUCAAUAAUCUUCACAUUCCACUAUGUUGAUAGGUGUGUGCCUUUUCUGUUUCAGGUCCUCUGACAUUGAGGUGAUGCUUGAGUCCUUAAUGAGGAAUGAGUCCCGCUUCAGUCCAUCACUCUGUUGAAGGUUUACAGCUCAAUAACUAGUAUCAGCUCCAAGGCAUGAACCUGUAAAAGUACCUGACUUUGAAGGGAAGAGGUGCUUGAAUACAGAAAACUCCCUCACAAUAUUAAGGAAAAUAAAACAUAUACUGGCAAUGUCAUCACUCUGUUGUGUGAUGUGGUUAAACCAGGAGUUUAGGCUGAGGAACAUGCUUUACCACCACAACAAAGGGCAGCCAUGAAUUCUGCACCGUCACCUUCUUUAUCCUACGCCAUGAAUGUAACUGUUAGCUGAUAGUAUGUGAUCAACAGCAUUGCAGCAUUUUGCCUCCUGCUGCUUCACCAUCCCAAUAAAACCCAGCUGGACUAUUCAGUCUGUUUUGUACAAAUGGCAGAAGAGGAUUUCAAGCUCAGACCGGUACACAGCAAAGAAUGCACAGAGGACAACAAGCUCCCAUCAGCUGAAUUCCUAAUACCAUCGCUAGCAUCCCUCCACCUCGGGGACAAGACUGUGAACUUCAAGGAGAGCAACAUCCAUAUGGGAGAUAAUCCUCAGCGCCCAUCUGUAUUUCCUGCAAUGAUGUCAUCACCCCUUAACCACUCCCAGCAGCCAACAGACAUAUCCAUGGCUACUAGGCCUGAUUAUUCACCAGCAGAUCAAGAGUUUUUGGAGCCAGAGCUCAGUCAAAAUGACAGCAAAGCUCAGUCUCAUGCCCUGACAACCUCUCUGCAGGAUCUUUCUUCACUCGUUGACCAUGAUGAUGUGUAUCCUGCCCUGAAAAACAACUUAGUCAAGGAAGGAGAACUUCAACCCAAGAACAACAUAACCAAAGCGAUGGCAGCAUGCAACUGCAGUUUCGAUGACAACCAGCUGUCCCAUGCAGACUGGUACUGGGGCAACAUCUCAAGAGAGGAAGUUAAUGAGAUGAUGAGAAACACUCCCGAGGGCACUUUCCUGGUACGAGAUGCUUCCAGUCGUGUUAAGGGGGAAUAUACUCUCACACUAAGAAAAGAUGGUUCCAACAGACUGAUAAAGAUUUUCCAUAAUGGGGGCAAAUAUGGCUUCUCUGAGCCACUGGCCUUCUCCUCUGUGGUGCACCUGAUCCAGUAUUACCAGAACAAAUCACUAGCACAGUACAAUUCCAAACUGGACAUACGGCUACUCUACCCCAUAUCCAGAUACCAACAGCAGCAGGUUGGGAUGGAAGUUGACAUUGAUGCAGUUGGAGAACAGCUGAGGAUAUUUCAGGAUCGAUACAAAGAAAAAAGCAAAGAGUAUGACCAUCUGUUUGAGGAGUUUAACCAAACCUCCCAGGACCUGCAGAGCAAGCGGACAGCCAUCGAGGCUUUCAGUGAAAUCAUUCGGAUCUUUGAGGAGGAGUGUGAAACUCAAGAACGCUACAGCAAGGAAUACAUCAACAUGUUCCUCACGUUACACAGCAGCACAGACACUGACAAGAUUCAAAACAACUCUGAAGAGCUGCAGUCAAGGGUAGAGGAGAUUCACAACAGCAAGAAAAAAUUGGAGGACGAGCUGAGAAAAAAGGCACUGGCUCACAUGGAGGUCGACAGGAAAAUAAACAGUCUGAAGCCUGACCUUGUACAGCUCAGGAAAAUCAGAGAUCAAUAUCUCCUGUGGCUCACCCAGCACGGCACUAGGCAAAGCCAGAUCAAUGAAUGGUUGGGUAUCAGGAAUGAAGAAGAAGACCUAUACACCCUGGCAGAUGAUGCACAUCAGGAGGAAAGGAGCUGGUAUGUUGGUGGUAUGAGACGAAAGGAAGCGGAGGAGCUGCUGAAGGGGAGUAGGGAUGGGACCUUCCUUAUCAGAGACAGCCAGACACAGAGAGGCUCCUUUGCAUGCUCUGUUGUUGUGGACGGAGAGGUGAAGCACUGUGUGAUCUACAGGACGUCUACAGGCUAUGGCUUCGCUGAGCCCUACAACCUGUACUCAUCUCUGAGAGAGCUGGUCCUCCACUACCGACACACAUCCCUGAUCCAACACAACCAGCAGCUGAAUGUAACCCUGGCCUGGCCCGCUCUCAGCCAGCAGCCCAGCUGAGACACACCAGCAUGCCAGCAGGAUGGCGGUUUCCCAAAGCUCCAAUGUAGUAGAUGCACCUGUCUUGACAUUGUUGCCACAAGACUUCUUUACCGGUUAGUGUUGUCACCAACUCAGAAUUUUCACAGUCUCAGUGCUAAGAUUUGGUUACAUAAUAAUCCUGGAUAUUUCAAAACACAUCACUGAACAA